GACACUGAUGCGACUAACAGCUGUGGUCCUCAGGAAAGAAGUUAACAUGAAUAUAGUCUAAAAACUCCCGAUUUAGUAGACUAGAGUACGGGAUUCCUUCGUUUUCUUCAGCUGGAUACAGUUUAUUUGAACUCGACAAGUUAAGAAUUUAGACUUUGGAAGACAAGGACCGGAUUUUUUGCUGAGGAGGAUGAUCUGAGAGUAGGGGAGAGCAGCACCAUUGUAGUAUCUCGCUCACUGUUGGAAGUGCUCCUCCUCCGAGCAGCGGUAGCGGGACAGUAGUUGUGCGUGUGUUCGUUUGCGUGUUGCUUCCUAGGGCGCCGGGUCUCGAUGCUUAGCGCAGGCAGAAUGGAAGAAUUUGUAACAGAGGAAGAGGAGCCAUGGUACGACCAGCAAGACCUGGAGCAGGACCUGCACCUGGCGGCAGAGUUAGGAAAGACCCUGCUGGAGCGCAACAAGGAGCUGGAGGACUCCCUGCAGCAAAUGUACAUCACGAAUGAGGAGCAGGUGCAGGAGAUUGAGUACUUGUCGAAGCAGCUAGAGAUGCUGCGGGAGAUGAACGAGCAGCAUGCCAAGGUGUACGAGCAGCUGGACGUGACGGCGCGCGAGCUGGAGCUGACCAAUCAGAGCCUGGUGCUGGAGAGCAAGGCCUCGCAGCAGAAGAUAGAGAGGUUGACGGGGACGAUCGAGGCGCUGCAGGGCCAGGUGGAAGCGCUCACCGUUCAGGUGGAGGAGCUCCGCUCCCUGGAGCAGCUGAGGGUUCGCCGCGAGAAGAGAGAACGACGCAAGACCAUCCACUCCUUCCCCUGCCUCAAGGAGCUGUGCACGGCACCCAGGUACGAGGACGGCUUUGUGGUGGGCAGUCCGGGGAGCCCGAACUCGGAGGUGGACCGACGGCCGCUGGAGGAGGAGAACGAGCACCUGCGCGAGUCCAUCCUGUCGCUGCGGUCGGCGGUGCGCGCGGAGCGGGGCCAGCGCGAGGGGGCGGAGCGGGAGUGCGCCGCCAUCCUGCAGGAGUUCGCCCGGCUGGAGCAGCGGCUGCAGGGCGCGGAGGGCUGCCAGCUGCGCGUGCAGGAGCUGGAGGCCGAGCUGCAGGAGCUGCAGCAGCUGCGCAGGGCCCGCACCUUCCUCAUGAGCGGGGAGGACGGCCUGGCGCAGACGCUGCUCAACAGCACCCCGGAGACCGACACCCUGGAGGACGAGGCGGCGCCGGGCGGGGAGGGCGGCGAGGAGGGCGCCGGCGAGCCCCUGCCGGCCUCCAGCCCCGUGCGCAAGAGCUGCAGCGACACGGCCCUGAACGCCAUCGUGGCCCGCGACGCGUCGGGCCGCAGACGGGGCAGCUACGCCCUCCACGCGAACAGUGUGCGCAAGCGCGGCAUGUCCAUCCUGAGGGAGGUGGACGAGCAGUACCACGCCCUGCUGGAGAAGUACGAGGAGCUGCUGGGGAAGUGCCGGCGCCACGAGGAGAGCCUGCGGCACGCCGAGGUGCAGACGUCCCGCCCCGUCUCCCGAGACCCCUCCAUGAAGGACUGCGCCACCCCGGCGCCUCCGCCUACGCCCGCGCAGACCCCCUCCACCCCCGAGGCCCUGGAAGGCAUCAGCAAGCAGGUGGAGGCGGUAGACAAGCGCCUGGGCCAGAACACGCCUGAGUACAGGGCGCUCUUUAAGGAGAUCUUCUCCCGUCUCCAGAAAACUAAGACCGACAUCAAUGCCACCAAAGCCAGCAAGACAAGCAAAUGAGCCAGUUAAUUAGCAACUGAAUUAAAAAUGGCUGUCAUCCUUUCUUCCUCUGUCAUUUUUGUUGGUGAGGUGCUUCAGAGAAAUACAGAACAAAGAAAGAAAUUGGAACAAGCUCAAAUAUUUUCCAUAUGUUUCUCAUUCAUUUAAUUUGUACGUUUACCCCAGCCAGUAAGAAUCACUGAUAAAAAUCAGUUGCCUGUAAUAAUCUAAAUUUUGGGGACAGGCCAUCACAAGCCACCAUAAAAUGCUUUACUCAGAUCAACCACUUCUAACAACCUACUACAGGGUAGAGAUGGUUCUUAUAGGGUGAUUUCCCUGUAUUUUAAUCCCUCAAUUUGAAUCAUUCUUCUCCCUAGCUCACGAAAGUUCAUAAACUUUGUACUGUAGGUGCACGAACCCAGUUUGCUAAACCCCAAGCCUCUGGCCUAUAAGACAUUGUCUUUGUUAUCAGACAGUUGUCAUCCACACCUCUUUGACUUCAAGUCAAGACCAUUCUGACUAUUUUUGUACUUGUGGAAUGUUUUAAUUAAGGUCCAUCUUGAGUUAUUGAGGGUUUGAAAUUUGAAUUGGCAAGAGUGCUGCCACCUGUAUGUAUGUGUGUGUGUAUGUGUGUGAGUGAGUGAAGGGGAGAGGUACUCGGUUUGGUUGGAAAGAGAAAAGACAAUCCUGCCUGAGAAAUA